AUGGCCUACCUCUCCACCACCGUCUACCACCGCUGCCUCCUCUUCUUUCUGCAUCCUCCUCGCCUCCCGUCGUCACUCCACGGAGAAGAGCUGGAGGCGAGGACUGACGCGGAGUUUGGGGUCAGAGGGGCCCAGGGCGGGAACCGCUGGACUAGAGACGGAAAUGGAAUGCGGGCAAAAGAAUCUGGAAAGGUUGGAAAUUCAAGAGAUGAGGAUGCAGGAAGAAGAAACGCGACCAGCAAAAGUGGUAAUACCGGCAGCGGUAUCGCCAGUAUUGGCCCUUCACAGAAACUUGGUCCUUCUAACCAGAGAAACUUGGGAGGUUCAGAGGGAGAUGAUGCAUCUGGAGGUCAUGUUCAAGAUCUGGGGAAAAACAAGGCCAGUUUGCUUCCAGGUGGUUCGAAGACACAACCAGUUAGCAUACCACAUUUUGCAACAGUGGUAAUGUUGAAAAAGCGUUUGAUAGUAAAAGCCCAUAUGUUGGAAUCUGGAAUCGCACCGGAAGAAGCUGAGUUGGAGACACUUCUCAGGGCUAGUGUGGUUGGCCGACGCGGAGACCAGCUGGCUAUUAUAGAUCUUGACCCAAAAGAAACAGAAGAGUUUGCCAGAUUUGUGGCAAAAUUAGCUAUCAAGAGAGAGAACUUGAACUUUGAGAACUUCCAGAAAUGGCUUGAAAAACACGGGCCUUUUGAGGCAGUUGUGGAUGCUGCCAAUGUUAAUGCUGUUGCUGAUGCAAUAAGGCAAAGGUCAAGAAAAUGGCCUUUGAUAGUUUUACACAACAAGCAUCUCACUGGAGAACACAUGAAAAAACCUGGUCAUCAUAAGUUGGUAGAAAAGUGGAAGCAAGCAAAUUCAACAUAUGCAACCCUACUGGCUCAAAUGAUGAUUGAUGCGAUUUUGGAUGACUCUUUGCAGCAACUAUCCCUCUGCAUAUUGAAUUAA